GCCCAGAACACCAUCCAGAAACUCAUUGAGGCCCUGGACGAGCUGCUGGAAGCCCCUGGGGACUUAGAGAGCAUGGACCUGUCUGCCCGUCACCUCGUGGGCACCCAGUUGCUUCUGGACUUUGAAAACGUCCUGAGGACCUUGGCUGAGUCACUGCCUGACGGUCCCUUCACCUACCGUUCUCCUUUGAACACAGAAUUGGCUCUGAUGAUCAAGGACCAGGGGGAAAAAGACGCUGUCACAGUGUGCCACAGCCAGGCACGGAUGGAGCUGAACUGGACAAUCACAAGUGUAAAGGAACAUUCAGAAAAUGGCCGCACUGUGGCAGGGAUCCUGUCCAGCCCACAGAUGAAGAAAUUGCUAGCCAAUGCCUCCUUGGACCUGGACGGGAGACAAGCCAUGGUGGAAGAAACCUAUGAAAGUCCCCUCCUCGACACAGAGCUCAGGUUCCUCUCGAACGUGAAUUCUGUCUUUCUGACCAACACAAACACGAAGAAACUCACCUCUCCAAUCACCUUCAAUUUUUCCUAUCUUCUGGAGAAGCCGGGGCCAAGGGAGGAGCUCAUCUGUGCCUUCUGGAAAGGGGACAACACAAGCGGGCGGUGGUCCACCACAGGCUGUGAGCUACUGGACAAGAGGAAUGGCACUGCCACCUGCAGAUGUCACCACUUGAGCAGUUUUGCCAUCCUCAUGGCCCACUACCACAUCCAGGACCCGAGGUUGGCCCUGAUCACCAAGGUGGGGCUGUCGCUGUCGCUCAUCUGCCUGCUUCUGUGCAUCCUCACCUUCCUGCUGGUGCGACCCAUCCAGAGUUCGCGCACCACGGUGCACCUGCACCUGUGCAUCUGCCUCUUCGUGGGCUCCGCCAUCUUCCUGGCGGGCAUCGAGAACGACGGGGGCGGCCAGGUGGGGCUGCGCUGCCGCCUGGUGGCCGGGCUGCUGCACUACUGGUUCCUGGCCGCCUUCUUCUGGAUGAGCCUGGAGGGGCUGGAGCUGUACUUCCUGGUGGUGCGCGUGUUCCAGGGCCAGGGUCUGCGCACGCGCUGGCUCUGCCUCAUCGGCUACGGCGCGCCCCUGCUCAUCGUGGCCGUGUCGGCGGCCGUCUACGGCCAGGGCUACGGCCGCCCCACCUACUGCUGGUUGAGCCAGGACGGUUUCCUCUGGAGCUUCCUGGGACCCCUGGCCGCCGUCAUCUUGGGCAACGCCGUCAUCUUCGUGGUCACCGUGUGGAAGCUCACGCAGAAGUUCUCUGAAAUCAACCCCGACAUGAAGAAGUUACGGAGGGCCAGGGUGCUGACCAUCACGGCCAUCGCCCAGCUCUUCGUGCUGGGCAGCACCUGGGUCUUUGGCCUGUUCCUGUUCGACCCGCACAGCCAGGUGCUGUCCUACACCUUCACCAUCCUCAACUGCCUGCAGGGCCUCUUCCUUUUCGUGCUGCUCUGCCUGCUCAACAAGAAGGUGAGGGAGGAGUACCGGAAGUGGGCCUGCAUGGUGGCCGGGGACAAGUACUCGGAGUUCAGCUCUUCCAGCUCUUCCACCACGGGCGCCAGCCACAGUCAGACCCGGGCCCUCAGACCCUCAGAGUCAGGGAUGUGAAGCCAGGCUGGCCAGGGCAGCAGCUCGCCUCAGUCACCCUGCUCUGGCACCCUCCCGCUUGGGCACCAGGUGCAAGAGAGGGGCACAGCUGGACAGACCCCAGGAGAGCACAGUGGGCAGUGUCCCGGCCCAGGGACCAAAGCUGGCCAAGGUCUACGGCUGGCCUGGGGAUAGACUGCUUCUCCUCUCCCCUCACGUUCGUCACACCCAGGAGGCCCGGCAUGUCUGGCUGGCUCCCUGUUAAGCUAAGACUGAUGUAUCACGGUACAGAGGCCGCUGCCCGUGCAGGCAGAGGGGUCUCCCUGUGUGGAAGGUUGUGGAUGUUGUGUUUGUUCUUUUUUAAUCUGUCUAGACCUUUCUAUGUUGACAUUAACAUUAAAUAUCACUGAGAGGAGAUGGAGUUACUCAUGUCCACGA